AUGUUUCGAAAGCCAAAGCAACGCAAUUUACGUGGUCGAACAGAUAUUGAUAACACGGAAGAUGAUCAAUCAAAUGUUUCAAAUGCUCCAUCGACUGUUAUACAACAACAGACAGUGACAACAAAAACUGUGAUUAAGAAAACAGAAGUACCAAAAUCAUUAUUAAGUUUUGGUGAUGAUGAAGGUGAUACAGAAGAAUUUAAAGUUAAUAAAACACGUGAAAGUCGUAAAAUGGCAAAAGAAGUUAAAAAACAACAGCAACAAUUGCAUAGUUCAUCGAUUGAUUCAAAACCAAAUGUAGUUAUACAACAAACAACAACAACAACAUCGAUUAUUGAAGAAACAAUAACACCUAAAGAAGAAAAUAAUAAUAAUGGAGAAAUUCAAAUAAAAUUCAAACCUCUUCAGAUUAUUGGAAAUAAAUCUUCAACAAAUUCAUUUACAAGUUCAAAUGCUGAUCUACAGCGUCUUCGAAAAGAAAUGAAAGUUCUCAACGGACCAGAAGGAGAUAUUCCUGAUUUAGAUGAUAUUCAAGAAAUUUUAGAAGGAAAUGAUAAUGAAGAUGAUAGUACAUUAGAUGAUACAGAACGUUCAGUUAAAGUUAUGUUAAGAAGUGGCGUUAUUCCUGAUUCGACUAUGAUACAUGCAGCACGUAAACGACGUCAAAUGGCUCGAGAAAUGGGUGUACCCGGUGAUUAUAUAUCAUUAAAUACGGCUGCAGAAAAUGGAAAUGAUCGAAAAUCACGUUUAGUACGUGAUGAUGAAAAUGAUGCUAGUGAUGAUAGUGGUAAUGAAGAUCCACAUAUUGUUAGUAUGGAUAGAAAUAAAACAAGAGCUGAAAGUGAACGUCAAAAAAAUCGAGAUCGAUUUUUAGAAUUAGAACAAGGAAGUGAUAAUGAAGAAGAUGAAGAAGAAUUUCGUCGUUUUGAACGUGAACAAAUUCGCAAAGGUGUUAGUUCGAAAAUUUCUACAAUGUCAGCAAUCAAAACAUUGGCUUCCUCUUCUUCCAAAUCUCAAGUCGGUGUUAUUCGUCGACGUUUAGAAUGUAACUCAUCUGUUCAACUUUCUCAAUCACAAACAGAAAAUUCUUCAUCAUCGCUGGUUGAACCACAACCAAUGGAAGUUGAAGUAAUACGAGAAUUACCUCCACUUGAAUUACCACCUGUUACAUUUGAUCAUAUUCGAGAUCGUUUACUUGAUUCUUUAAAAUCGAUAAAAGAAUUAAAUGAAAAACAUAAAAUUGACUAUGAAAAAGUAAAUCAAGCAUAUGAAGUUAGUCAACUAUCAUUACAACAAAAUACAAUUGAUUAUCCACAAAUGGAAAAAUCUUAUCAAUUUUAUCAACAAUGUCGUGCUUAUGUUUAUUCAUUUCUUGAAUGUUAUAAUGAAAAAAUGGUAACUAUUAUAAAUCUUGAAGAACGUUGGUUACAAUUAUAUAAACAAAGAGCUGAUAUGAUUGUAACACGUCGACAAGAAGAUUUUAAAGAUCAAUGUCAUGAAUAUUCAAUACAGAAAGCAACAGCAUUUAUUAAUGGUACAUUGACAACAAAUGAUUUUCGAACAAUUCUUGAUCAAAAACGACAACGUCGAGCAACUGAACGUGAAGCACGACGUUUACGAAGAAGAAAAGAUCGUGAACAAACAUCUACACAACAUUUUGAUGGAAUGUCAACAGAUGAUGAAGAAAAUCAAUCAGAUAUUAAUUUAUUUUUAAAACAAAAACAAGAAAUUAUUACUGAAGCUGAACAUUUACUAGACGAUGUAUCAGAUGAAUUUUCUCAAUAUAAAAAUAUUAAAACAAUAUUUGAACAGUGGAAAUAUCAACAAAAUGAAACCUAUACAGAUGCAUUUAUUGAAAUAUGUUUACCAAAAGUAUUUUCACCAUUAAUACGACGAGAAAUUAUUGAUUGGAAACCAUUUGAAACAUCUUGUCGAGCCAUUGAAGAUUAUAAUUGGUAUCAAAAUUUAUUAUUUUAUGGUGUAAAAGAUGGACGUAAUGAAGAUGAAGAUUUUCAAUUUAUACCAUUAAUUAUUGAAAAAGUUAUCAUACCAAAAUUAACAAACAUUAUUGCACAUAUAUACGAUCCAUUAUCAUUAAAACAAACAACAAAUCUUGUUAAAACAAUUGAAAAUAUAUUUCAAACAUAUCCAACAAUGACUGAUGAUAGUAAAAAUGUUCAAAACUUACUUAAAGCUAUUGUCGAUCGUUUACAACGUUCAUUAGAUGAUGAUAUUUAUAUUCCAUUAUAUCCAAAAGAAAUUAUUGCUCUUGGUUCAUCAAGAACAUCAUCAAAUAAUUCAGCAAUAAUGGCAACAGAAUUUUUCUUUCGUCAAUAUUGGACAUGUGUUAAAUUGUUAGGUAAUAUAACAUUAUGGUCACAAAUUUUAUCAUUAAAAACUAUACUCGAUUUAUCAAUUGAUGGUCUUUUAAAUCGUUAUAUAUUAGUAUCAUUAAAAAAUAUGGAUUUAAUAUCAAAUGAAAUGAUAACACGUUGUCUUUUAUUAGCAAAAUGUUUUCCAAUAAAACAAUGGUUUGAUAAUAAUAAAACAAUUCUUCAAAAUCAAUUAACAGAUACAACAUUACCAGCAUUAGAAAAUUUUUGUUUAUUUUUAAAACAACUUGCACAAGAAUAUUCAACACAAAUUUUUAGUGCAAAUGAUAAAGAUAAAAAAAUAUAUAAAGAAAAUAUUCGACAAAUUCGUGUUAUUUUUGUUCAUCUUCAUGCAUUGGAUCAUGCUCUUGAACUUACGAAUGAAUAUGAGAUUAAAUAA